UGUUAAAGGAAGUAGACAAAAAAAGUUGUGUGUACACUGUGAUACUAGCUCAUAGAGAAAACAGCACCAUGAAAGAGAGAUAGGGCGUGUUUUGUUGUGAUGAAACACAAGUAAUUGCUGCUACGCAGAGAAAAAGCAGUGAGCAGCAUUUCCUCAUCUGAUGCUGCUUUGAGGCUCCAGGUUGCAGUCAUGAACGAGAGUUUCGACCGAGCCCCCGGAGCGGAGAGGACCCGGAGUCUUCCAGCGGACCCCGGGCUGGCAGGUGCCGCCGGGGACGGUGACAGCAAAACUACGCUUUUCAACCAAAGGGAGCCGUUGAGACAGCCGCGAACAUUACCGCCUUUUGCCGAGAACAACAUGAACACGACCAACGCCAUGGCUGCUGGAGAUUUUAAAAGACAGAGCAAACCCCAACAAAGUGCAAAUGCCAACAGUACGUCUGCCUCCAGAGGUUUUAAUGAAGUGGAUUCCUUGGUCAAGUCCUCAACGCUCUCGGCCAGUGCCCCAGAGUUUGUCCCCUCUGGAUUUAUGCCGUAUGAAGACCCGUCUUUUUAUGAAGACAGUGAAGGCUAUUACGGUGAGCCAACCUUGGCUGAAACAGUCACAGACUUUCUUGGCCACCUGAGCUCCUCACCAGGGUCAUUUGAGUCGGAUGUGGAACAAAUAACUGCCAUGCUCAAUUCCUGGGUUACUACUGAAGAGUUGUUGAACGAGCUGGUGGAACUGAUCUACACUCAGUCUACUGCCAUUCCAAACUUCUCUUACACGGGCGCCCGACUCUGUAACUACCUGUCCCAUCAUCUCAACAUCAGCCCACCAAGUGGCAACUUUCGUCAACUGCUCCUGCAAAGAUGUCGAAUAGAGUAUGAACAGAGGGAUGCAGCUGUUCGAGGAGAGCCCGAGAUGCAGAAGAAAUUCCACUCAUUUGUGCUCUUUCUGGGAGAGCUCUAUCUUAACCUGGAGAUAAAGAAAGGAAAAGGACCUCCUAGUCGAGCAGAUAUCCUCCUCAAUGCUCUGAAGGACCUGAUGGACAGUCUGUUCUCCAAACCUGUGGAUUCAAAUCUCAUCUGUGCUGUCAAACUGUUGAAGCUGACAGGCUCGAUCUUGGACGAUGCAUGGAAAGGAAGUGGAAAGGCGCACAUGGAAGACCUGAUCCGAAGGAUAGAAAAUAUUCUGCUGGAUGCCACCUGCAGCAGGGAUGUCAGACAGAUGCUUCUGAAACUAGUUGAGUUGAGAUCUAGUGACUGGGGCAGAGUCCGUGCUGCCGCAGCAGCCAGCAACGCCACGCCAGACAACGACCCUAACUACUUCAUGAAUGAACCAACAUUCUACACAGAAGAUGGGACUCCUUUUACAGCAGCAGACCCAGAAUAUGCUGAGAAAUACCAAGAGAUCCUGGACAGGCAGGACUAUUUCCAUGAUCUUGAUGGGGAAAAUGGAAAUGAAAUAUACGACUCUGAAGACGAGAUGGAGCCUGAGAUGGAAGAAGCGUUUGAGAAUUUUUGUUUAGAAUCAGAGAGGAAACGACAACAAUGACGUGAGAGUGAGAAUCUGUGACACCCAACAGGCACAUAUUGUACUUUUCCCACUCGCUGGAAUGUUGUAAAGCAAAGGAAACUAGCAUCAGAUAGGUUCAAACGUUUAUUUUACUUCAAACAAGCAUUUUAACAAAAAGAGCUGUUCAUAGUUAUAUUUCUGAGACUUUUUUUCAGUCAGUGUUAAAUGGGGACAAUCAACAAGGUGAUUUGUUCGAAAUAUUGAGGUAUUCAGAUUUUUUUUUAGAUGUGAAAGUUCUCUCAUUUGUUUUGAAAAAAUUCAGAAACUUAUUUCCUUUAUGCCUAAACUAAUUGCCAAGAGGAAAAUAGUGUGCUGUGGAUUUUUUUGAGUUCCAUCAGAUGUGUGCAUUAUUUAAUAAAUACUAAUGAUGCCCCAUGCAUAAAGUAUAGGCCAAAAAACUCAAACCAUUGUCAGAAACGCAUCAUCUUUCUGUUAAAUGCACUAUAGAUGGAUUCCGACGGUUGCUUUACUACAUAAACAAUGCAUAUACAGUGUUUCCCUAGACUGCUGCCAAUAUUAAACACUAUAUUCUGUUAAUAUGGCUGCAGCUCAUUUUGGUGGUCAGGAUCUUUGAAAGGCUGUGUAGUUUGGAAAAGGCGUUAUUGAAUAAAAGCAUAUACCUAAAAGUAGUCACAAACUUGGAAGUGAAUAUAGACGAAAUUCUUUUUAAAAUAUUUCUCUGGGGUUUAAUUCAACAUUUUAAGAAGUAAAAAGUAUUCAAAAUUCUGAGAAUCUGCAGUCAAGGUGACAUAACACAACUGCUAAAAAAAGGAUUCGUAGCUAUCCCAAGACUGAAAGACUGUUUACCAGCAAUCCAUGGAGCCCAUAAAAAGGAAUGUUGUUUUAUAGUUUGUAAAUAUUAUUUAUGGUAUUGUUUGCCUGCAAUAAAUUCUUUAUAAUGUGA